GAGUUACAAUUUACAAGCACACUUUUCACAUUUUUGUUACACUUUCUCGUAAGUUCGAUCAGUUUUCUUCUGUUUGUGCCCAUUAAAGAAUCUGUGGUUUUAUCUGGAUUCGACGCAAACGUGGGAUGAUGUGAUUAUUGGAAGAUGCAAAUCAUGUAAUCACCACAACGUUUCCGUCCUUUGCACUGUGCGAAGGAGUCGAAGGAUUUAGAAUUCCGGAUUGCCAAGCAGGUAACUGCGGUCUACGAUGUUAUGACUGUUAUCCGUCCAUCCAUUCGGUAAUUGUAUUAUUGAGGCAUUCAUUUCCGGUCUUCGUGAAUGCUCUCGGCAGAAGCAUUCGCGCGGAGCGCUAUUAGCAUUCACGUGGCUUAUCUGUUUCUUUCGCGCAGUACUGCUUCCACUUCGUGGGAUAUCGCUGUUUUUCAGCUGUACUGAUCCGCUGCAGCACCUCAAAAGUAACGAGAGUUCUAGCUGUGGACGCGCCAGAAUCGUACACCGCUUAAGCUUGAUUUCCAUACACUGCGUUCCCGGAUGGCAUAACUGCUUACGGAUUGCGCUGAGCGGGCUGGAAAAUGGCAUCCCUAUCGAAUACGGCAGUUCGCGAUGAGAGCGGGCCGUCAAAAACUCCGCCGAGUAUCCUGCGCAAUUCGAGUCACGCGAAAAGCCCACAGAGUGGUACGCUGCGCGAAAGAACGAAGCGUCGAACUGAAGCGAGCCGUUCUUCCAUAGGAAAUGAUUUUUCUAGCGAACGUCAAGGCAGUACUUUCGAGCGUUUGGAUAAAGAGUGCUCGUUCGUGGUCGCGGAUGAAAUUCUGCGGAUGCAGGUGGAUUUUCUUGUUUCCAAAGCUGGCGCACCAAAGCAGCUGCGCAAAGCGGUUAAAAAUAUUUGGUUCAGUUACUUAUCGAUAGCCCUGCCUGAUGUUUCUGCCGGCGUGGAGACCACUCUGAUGCAGAAUCAACACUGGCUGGGGAUUUUGCGAGAGAACGACUUUUCACAUUUAAUUGGCGUCCCCUCCAAGGAGGUGCAGUUUGUCUUGAAAUUCUGGCAAUCGGAGCAUGCAGAGGUUCCGGACGACGGCCCCGCGAAAGUCCCUUCGCGGCGGCGAACUCCCCGUCCGCCGCAGAAGACGCUCACAACCGUCGUAUUAGCGUCGGACAUCGUCGAUGCACCUGAACGACUGCUUCUUCCGCGUGUCGUUGCCAUUUUGAUUUUAUCCUUGCAUAUUUGUCAUCCGGAUAUCCUGACCAGUGAUCUCAUCCGCUGGAUGCGUGCUCUGCAGUUGCCCUACUCUAAUCCCGCGCUACCGCCCAGAUCGUACGAAAUUUUUAAGGCAAUGACGGGAAUUCAUACGAAGGAAGCAAAUGUACCCAGCUAUGCGGAACUGGAAUUCCAUUUUAUUGCAUUGUGCAAACUGUUUGGGAUUGAAGCGGGUGGUCUUCCGAAAAUGUCUGUGGUACCGGUGAUUGAGCGGUUUAUUAUGGAAUUAAAUCUUCCGGAUGCUAUUUUGCCGAUGGUUGUUGCACUGGCGGAAAAAGCGAAUAUGCUGGAGUUUGAUGUUGAGUUGCGAGGAAGCAGCGGCACCGAAACAGGCAGAAGAGCGAUAAAUGUGGAAGCAUUUGUUAUAAGCCUGAUUAUUUAUGUUAUUCGUGCGCUGUUUGGGUUGGAUGGAAUGGCGGAACAGAAGAUUACCAAAAAUACGCACAAACUGCAGAAGUUAAUACGCAAACCAGCUGUACAGCUUUUUGAUUUCGACAAAUGGAUGAAAUAUAUGAGUGCGCGCCGUCUGCACUUGUUCCGGCACACCGUUCUUUUCGGUGAAUCUUGUCCUGCUCCUUCUCUUGCUGUGAUGAAGCGAAAUUCGUCGCCAGCCGAUCCCGUUGAGAAGGAAAGUGACAGCAGUGAACAGUGUCAUCAAGGGUUGCAGAGCGCAUUUAGCCAACAGCUGCGUGAUAAUCGCGAACCAAAAGCGGACGAUCUUAUACUUCUUCCACCGACAUACCGGCCAUUCCGCGCCCACAGUGAAGCGCUCAGCUCGAAAUAUCUUGUCCUGUUGACCGACUUUAAGGAUCACCAACUGAGACAUCUUCUGCCGAAUAAAGCAGUCCCCAAGGGAUGGAAAGUUGUGGAUGAGGAGACGGAAAAAGCGGAAUCGUGUCUGGGACGCAUCCAGGCGGCGCAGAACGGAUGCGAUGAUUUGGCUUUUCCCUUGCGUGCUCAUAGUUAUCGCGGGGGUACAUCUGAGCAUCAGCUGUGCCAUUUAAAUUCGGAAUCGAUGAAAUGGCUGAUUCGGGUUUGCGCGGAGAUGAUCGAGCAGAGUCCGGAGUCGCUGCUGGGACAGCUCUAUUACCUUGAAUUAGGUCUGUUCCCCAGGAACCCUGUCUGCGGAAAACUGGGAAAAGCGUUCAGUCGAAUUAAGCGAAUGCGGCAAGGGGAAUGAUUCAAUGAACAGAAUAACGGAAGUACGAGUUUACGUUUUUUUGUUAAUACAAAUAUCUGUAUUAUAUGAUUUAGUUAUACUUCGAUGUCAUGUUGGGGUUGAACUGUUGUUGAACAUCUGCACAAACUGUGUCGACUCGGCCUGUAAACGCGUUUGGACCGCUAGCAACGAAAUAAAGUUGAUGCAUUCG